AAAGUCGAGACUCUCUAUAAACACCUAAAAUCCUAGAUCUGGAAAACAAGAAUAUCUUUAUCGCCUCUCGAAAAACCUAGCGCAGCAGUCGCCAUGGACGAAUCCGCGAACAAAGGUCUGGAAUCGAAGGGUACUGAUGCAGAGAUUCGAAAAAGCAGCAUUAGGAGAAUUUCCGUCGAGGGAUACGACACCUCCCUUCGUAUGGAGGAUGUCGAUGAUGCUUUGAGAAAACACUUCGCUUCAUGUGGAAACAUAAUACAUGUGUAUGUUCCCAGAAACUAUGAAGAGACGAUUCUCUGCAGAUAUGCCUUCGUUUAUGUUAAUGAAGAAGAUGUAGAAAAGGCGCUGAGGCUUGAUGGAAGUGACAUGGGAGGACAGAUUUUACAAAUUAAGUCAUACCCGUUUCACGAAAAUCACCUUGAGAAUGACUUGGCUCCUAUGAAAGAAGUCAAAGUCUAUUGGCCACAACAGACGUUGAAGGUUACGGGUUAUGACACUUCCCUUCCUGUCGAGGAUAUCGAGAUAGAGCUAGAGAAAUAUUUCUCUUCACAUGGUUCUUUUGUUUACCAAGAUGAAACCGCUUCUGGUGCUAUCAAAACCAAAGCUUACAUUUAUGUCCAAGGUCCAGAUGCUGUAGACAAGGCUCUGGAACUUAGUGGUCGUUCUGUGGAAGGCUUGAAUUUUGUAGUUACUAAAGUUUAUCCACUUCCAGAAAAUCCACACAUGUCUGGCUUCAUUCACCCAAUUAACCUAACUCGCUUCACAAGGGAGCAGAUAGAAGAUCCAAAUCUAUGUUUCAUUACUGAGGGACAGCAGAAGAAGAGUGAUACAUCGGAGGGAAAUCAGAAGAAGAAGAAGAAGAAGAAGAAGAAGAAUAAGAAGAGCAAGACCAGGGAGGGAAUUCAGAAGAAGAAGAAGAGUGAGACUAGGGAGGGAAAGCAGAAGAAGGGAGUAGAAAUCUCUCUCUGAGGAGAAGACGUGCUUAUGAUAUUAACUUCUGUGCAAUGUGUUGUCCAAAAAAAAAAAAAAACUUGUGUGCUAUGCAAACCUUCUUUUCUUUUGUCUGGAUAUUGAGUGUGUUAUGUUGUUUUAGUGUUUGAUCUUUAGCAACUAAAGACGUAUCAAAAUCUACAUUCCAGAAAUGUGUUCACGGCUA